AUGGUAGCCCAGGACCCGAACGUAGUCGAAAUCACCGACAUGUCCCAGCUCCCAGAAUCGGCGUUUUCGCCGAGGGAGUACCGGAGGGGCGACUUGGUGACCGGCGAGAUAGUGCGCAUCGAUGAUGAGGGUAUGGUCAUCAGCGCCGGCCUCAAGACCGAGGGAAUCGUUCCGCCGCAGGAGAUGCGGACACUCACCGACGAGAAGCGGGAGCAGAUGCAGCCGGGCUCCAACGUGAUUGUCAUUCACCUGAACAAUCGCGGGCCCGGAGGAAUGGCCGUAUUCUCCUACGACCAAGCACAGGAAAAGCAGGUCUGGGAAGAACUCAUCGAGAUGCACAAGCAGGACUCUGAGCUCGCGGCCAAGGUGGUUCAGCACAACAAGGGCGGUCUGGUGGUUGACUGGGAGGGAGAAGGCCGUGUCGAACACCUGGAUGCCCGAAUCGGCGAGGACGCCCGUUUCAACAUCCUGGAGUUGGACGCCCAGCGUGAAAAGUUGGUGCUGACCGAGCGCCGGAUCUGGCGUCAGUUGCGCAACGCGGCCAAGGAGCGCUUGCUGGAAGAGCUGCAGGAAGGCCAGAUCGUGCAGGGCACGGUCCGGUCGAUGCGCGGGUUCGGCGCGUUUGUCGAUCUGGGCGACGCGGAAGGGCUGGUGCCCAUCUCGGAGCUGUCCUGGGCAAUGAUAAAGUCGCCGGAGGAAGUGGUCAGCGUGGGCGACGACCUGACGCUCAAGGUGCUGCGGGUGGACCGGGAGAACAGCAAGAUCUCGUUGAGCCUGAAGCGGACCCAGCCGGAGCCUUGGGACACCGUACCGGAACGUUACCACGUUGGCGACAUCGUGGACGGGACGGUUACGCGGUUGAUGGACUUUGGCGCGUUCGUGAAGUUGGAAGACUGGGUCGAGGGCCUGGUGCACAUCUCCGAACUGUCAGCGCGCCGGAUGGAGCACCCGCGGGAGAUCGUCUACCAGGGCCAAUUGAUCAAGGUGCAGAUCCUGAGCAUCGACACCGAACGGAAGCGGAUGAGCCUCAGCUACCGCAAGGUGUACGGACUGUAA